AUGCAUCCUUUGACUAUCCCGUCCGCCGAGUUGGCAGGCAUUCUGGUGGAGAGUACAUUGUUUGGUAUCUAUUUAUUGUUGUUCGCUAGCUGCAUCUACGCCUACAAAACCGGUCGUGGCACACGGUCCCCUACCCUCCUAGGCAUCAAUAUCCUCAUGCUAAUUCUCAUAUCCUCACACUGGAUUCUACAAAUUGUCCGCUUAUUCGACGCGUUCAUAUAUUCCCUACCACUCACCUCAUCGGAUGUAUACUAUUCAAAUGUUCGCGAUCCCAAAUUUGUCACGAAAAGUGCAUUGUAUUUUUUGCAAACCACCCUUGGGGACUUAACAAUGGUAUACAGACUAUACGUUGUUUGGAACCGUAGUUGGCCGGUAACCAUCCUCCCACUGUUGGCAGUUUUGGCAUAUUUUGUGGGCGGUGUAGUCGAGAUCAACUACUUUUCCCAGUUGGCACCACAAGGCGGCAAUUUCUUCACAAGCACUGAUCCCAUCACUGUAUGGGUCAUGAUCAUGUUCAUAUCCUCUCUUUUCGUAACGGCUUAUGUUACAGGACUGAUCACCUGGCGCAUCUACUCCCUGCGGCAAGUGCUUCAGAAGUUUCAACUGCCCGUUGUCAACGAUGUCGGCUCGGUAAUCCACGCUUUGACCGAAAGCGCUGUACUAUACUCCGCAAUCCACAUCGCGUACAACAUCGCCUUCAUCCUAAAGAGCCCCUUUCAACUCGUUGCACUGGGCGCAUCUACCCCCAUCAUUGUGCGCACAGUUCCCGGCAUAUCAUUCGUCCUCGUAAUAGUCCGAGCAAGCUUCCGACAACAUACAAAAGAGUACGAAAUGCCUACCCUCAACACGAUAAGAACCAGUUCAGCACCAACUGCUUUUGAACUCAACAACCUAACGCCACGAAGUGACCUAGAAGCCCCAUGGAAGAUAGCAUAA